AUGUCUCCAUCCACGUCUCCAUCCACGUCUCCAUCUGCGGUGCGGCUGGUGUUCCUCGGGGCAGCAGGUGUCGGUAAGAGCUCUCUCAUCCGCCGCUUCCUCCACGACCGCUUCGAGCACAAAUACACCCGCACAGUGGAAGAGCUGCAUGUGCUGGAGUACGGGAAGAUGCGUCUGGAGAUCCUGGACACCAGUGGCAGCUACUCCUUCCCGGCCAUGCGGGAGCUCAGCAUCCGACACAGCGACGCGUUUGCGCUGGUUUACGCGGUGGACGACGCGGCGUCCCUGGAGGAGGUGCGGCGGCUCCGCGACGAGAUCCUGGAGCUGCGGUGCGGCAGGAGCGCACACAUCACCGUGGUGGGCUGCAAGGCGGACCUGAGGGACACUGAGGGUCGUGUGCUGCUGGCUGCAGACGUCAUGUCCACGGUGGAGGACGAGUGGGACGCGGAUUUCGUGGAGGCGUCUGCUCGUACCGGAGGGAACGCGGUGGGGGUGUUUCGGUCGCUGCUGCAACAGGUGAAGGCACCGCGCAGAGACUCGGUGUGCAGACCCGCAGUGAAGAAGAGGAGACCCCCACUGAAGAAGAACAACAGCUGCGUCCUGUCGUAG